GUCAACGCCCCGACUGUAUGCCCAUCUCCCCACAUCGUUGCCCCUCGCGUCCCUGCCGGCGGCGGCCCCCGCGCCCGCGCGGCCGGGCGGCUUCCAGUGCCUGGUCGCGGACGUCGGCCGGGACUCGGUGAGCCUGGAGGUCAGCUGGAGCCCGCCCCCGGAGGCCGACCAUCACCAGGCCAGCAUCAGCCACUACCUGGUGACCCUCGAGCUGGACGGCGCCGGCGCGGGCCCCUCGGCUCCGCGCCUCUUGCGCCGGGUCGCGGCCCCGGCGCCCCGGACCCGCGUGCGGCUCGCCGGCGUCGCUCGUGGGGGCUGCUACGUGGUCGCGGUGGCCGCCGCGGGUCGCGCCGGGGAGGGGCCGCGCUGCGCGGCCCGCGUGCGCGUGCCGGCCGAGGCGCUGCCCGCAGGGGCCGAGGCGGCGGAGCCGCGGCACCAGCUCGUGCGGCUGGAGUGGAGCCCGGCCGAGGCGUCAGCCACCGCGGGUUACCGCGUCUGGAGCCGCCUCGCGCACUCCGGCGCAGAGUGGCAGGUGCUGGUGGAGAACACGUGCAGCCCAGAGCCCGCCGUCACGUGCUCCCUGCCUCGGGGCGAGCAGUUCGAGUUCCGGGUGGCGGCGGUCGCUCCCGAUGGCCUGCUGUGCGAGGCGGAGGCAGCAGCAGCCCCGGCGCAGCGGCUGCCAGACAUCGUCCAGGGCCUCCGCGUGGAGGAGUGCGCAGCGGACGGCGCAGGGGCGGAGGGACCCUCCGUCUCCCUGCGCGUAUCUUGGGCGGCGCCGAUCGCCUGGUCCGAGGACGACGGGCCCAUCGUCCAGUACCGCAUUGCCGUCUUCGGCGGCGGCUCCACGCAUGUGGGCGCUGGAGGCCGCCAGCCCAUGCACCAGUAACGUGCGUGGAGGCCCCGGCCUGUGAGGCAGUCAUGACGGGUUUCCUGCGCGGCUCCGGGUACACCUUCACGGCUGCCGCUGUCACCGCGCUCGGUGCGGGGGCCGAGGCCACGGCUGGUUUCGACGUGCCCUCUCUCCUCGCGGCCGCGCCGCCUGGCCCCGCCAGGGUGGGCGAUGUUCUCAGCGAGGCUCAGCGGGCGUUCUGCGAGCGCAUGCGGCAGCGUUGGGGGAAUCCGAGUAACCAGUGCCUCGGCCUCUGCCUGAAUCGCGGGUCCCUGUUCGAGGACUCCGUGGCGGUGCUGGGGGCACCGGGCGCGGCGGAGGAGUACUUGCAGGCGCACCAGAUGCUGCAGGUCCAGUUCGAGGGCGAGGCGGGCGUCGACGAGGGGGGGCUGCUGCGCGAGUGGCUCUGCAUCGCGUGCCAGGAGGGGUGCCGGCCCGACCGCGGCGUGUUCGAGCGCCUGCAGGCCGGGCACGUGUGGCCCUCGGCCGUAGGCUGGGGGGUGGCACAGGAGGAGGCCAAGCUGGUGCUGCGGUUGUUGGGGAGGCUGGUCGGGAUCGCCCUGGCCUCGGGCCACUCGAUCGGCUUCGCGGUGCACCCCAUCUUUUGGCAGUGGGCAUUCCCGGCGGCGCCGGACGAAGAGGUGGACUACUUCCUCGCGCUGCGACACUUUGACCGUGAGCAGUUUGUACAUAGGGCGCGGCUGGUGUGCACCCGUGGUCAGAUGGCUGCUGCGCUGGGCGCGGAUGGGGAGGAGGAGCUGGAGGUGCUCCUGCCAGGGUGGCGCCCGCUGGACGGGGACGAGGUGGCGGAGCUCGAGCUCACCUGGGACUACCACGACACCGUCUGCGGCACACCACUGUCCACCCCCCUGUUGCCCGAGGGAGGUGCAGCUGCCGCGGUGACGAAAGACCGAGCCGCGGAGUACCUGCGGCUCUGGUCGCGGCAGCGCAUCGUGGGCUGCGUGGAAGGGGCGCUCGCCACCCUUCGCGACGGCAUCCUGGAGGUGGUGCCUGGAGAGGCGCUGCGGAGGCUGACGCCCGCGGAGUUGGGGCAGCUGGCCGCAGGGGUGGUGGACUGGCGUCCCGAGGAGCUGCUGCGCCACCUGCAGGUCGUGGCCGUGUGCGACGCUGCGGGCGGCGACAACGGCGGAGAGGUGUCGCGCAUGGUCCGGCAGCUUGGGGAGGUUCUGGGUGCCUUCUCGGGUCAUCAGCGCGAGGCUUUCCUGCGCUACGUCACUGGCAGUCCAUGCCUUCCUGCGGGUGGCGCCGCGGCGCUGCGGCCACGCCCGACCCUGCAGGUGAUCAGGACGUGGUCCACAGAGACUCUGCCAGUGGCUCACACGUGUGCGAACAUGCUGGACAUGCCCCUCUACCCGGACGCUGACACAUUGCGCUCACGCCUGCUCACGGCACUGCACUUUGGCACCGACGGGUUUGGCCUUGCCUGAAUGCGACGGGCAGCUGUCCUACUGUGGACACCCAGCCCGAGCGAUGCCCAGCAGCUGCUGGCCUUCAAUGCUGGUUGGCAAUACCAGGACCGCCCCCUACCAGAGCAAUUUGAUCCAGUCUCUCCACUCCGUACGCUCCUAGAUGACUACAUGCUUUGUGCGGCAGCGUGAUCCUGCUGAGAAAGCAGACCCACUGUGGGUGCCGCCGAUCGCACAUGUACAGAUUGAUGUAGUUGUGGCUCGAAGCUUCCUUAUCUCUGCCCUUGCCCUCUCAUC